UCAGAUCCGAUGAAGGAAUUCUUCGGGCACGCUCCACCCCCCUCCGCUGUACUCCCCUGGACGCGCUGUACUCCCCUGGACGCGCUGUGCUUUAAAUAGCAGGUGUUUAAAUACUGUUCCUGCUCAGCCUGUCAGUACUGUAUAGGUCUGUAUCUCCGUCCCUCUCUCUUUAACACCGACAAAAACACACGCCAUGUCAGCCGCCAGCACCGAGACCAGCGCCCAGUUGCUAGCGGCAGCCAGCCGGGUUUUCUUCCAGCCGCCGGCCGGGGUUGGGUGCGCUGGUUCCGGCCCCAUGCCGCGGGAUGACCCGGUCCAGAGGAAGCAGGGGAAAGUGACGGUGAAAUACGACAGGAAGGAGCUGCGGAAGAGACUGAUCCUGGAGGAGUGGAUCAUUGAACAACUAAGCGAUCUGUACGACUGUGAGGAAGAGGAGAUGCCGCAGGUAGAGAUAGAUAUUGAUGACCUGCUGGAAGUCAACAGUGAAGAUGAGAGAAUUGUCAAACUACAGGAAUCCUUAAUAGACUGCUAUAAACCCACGGAGGUCUUUUUCGGGGAGUUGUUAGGGAGGAUAAGAGAGAUGAGGAAACUCAGUGCUCCCACCAAGAAGGGUCUAUAAUGGCCGUCUUCCCACCUCAACUCUACUGUGGAUCGGCCGUAACCCAGCUGCAGUUCAUCCACAACUACUGCAGCUGGACCGCAAAUGGACAAGUAUAGACAAGUCAAAGUCAAACUGGACUCAACUACCCAGUAGCUUAGUGACCAUUACCCCUAAAUCACUUUACAACAGGUCUUAACAAUCACUUCACAUACUAUACUGGAGCAUAUACACUGUACUACACCAUUAAAAUUACAGCACCUCUCUACUGCUGAGAUACAGCACCUCUCUCCUGCUGAGAUACAGCACCUCUCUACUGCUGAGAUACAGCACCUCUCUACUGCUGAGAUACAGCACCUCUCUACAGCUGAGAUACAGCAUCUCUACAGCUGAGAUACAGCACCUCUCUACAGCUGAGAGACAGCACCUCUCUACAGCUGAGAGACAGCACCUCUCUACAGCUGAGAUACAGCACUUCUCUACAGCUGAGAUACAGCACCUCUCUACAGCUGAGAGAUAGCACCUCUCUACAGCUGAGAGACAGCACCUCUCUACUGCUGAGAAACAGCACCUCUCUACUGCUGAGAAACAGCACCUCUCUUCAGCCAUAACUGAAUAUCAUAAUAACAUAAUUUAACAUAACAGCAUUGCUUAUUGUACUGUACAGUAACGUCUAGUAGGGAGAUUCACAAAUACACUAAAGUUAAAAUCCACUGCAUUGAAAACAGUCAGCAAUAAUGUAAUGAAGUCAGGGCUUCUAAAAUUAUACUUAGGAUAAAUAUAAGCCUUCCACAACCAUAAGACCCACAAAUAAUUUAAUUAUUUUAUCAAAAUAGUUGUACC